UGUGCUUCGCUCUCCGCUCUUUCAUAUCUCGCCUCUUGUGCAUGCCGGUAGACUAUCUCCACUUUGUACCUUUUACAUCCUUGCAGGUGAUCACUGGAUUCAUUUUCUGACCAAUGACGAUAGGAAUGCGAAACAUAAUAUAAGGGCGGAAGCACCUGCUCUUAUCUGCUACUUUCCGCUAUGGGUUUCAAAGACGCACUGGCGGACAUUUCACGAUAUCGUAAUGCAUAUACCAUUGCCUUGUCUGCAUCCAUGGGCUCUAUCUUCUUCGGCUGGGACACUGGACUCAUGGGUGGCAUUUUAACCCUGAAGUCUUUCCAGAGCUACUUUGGAAUCAACAUGAUGUCCGCAUCUGCUCAAGCUAAUUUCAAUGGAAAUAUUGUGUCGAUUAUGCAGGCAGGAGCUUUUUUCGGUGUCUUGUCAACUGGUUGGAUAUCCAGUCGCUUUGGGCGAAAACGAUCCCUAAUUGCCUCGGGGGUUAUAUACAUCAUUGGAAGCUUGAUACAGGCUAUCAUUGGCCUUGGAAGCAGUCGGGUUGUUGCUCUCCGACUUUUCUUUUUCAGCCGUUUCGUUUCUGGCAUCGGGGUCGGCAUGAUAUCUGCUUUGGCGCCCUCAUACAUAUCAGAGUGCAUGCCCAAGCACAUUAGGGGGAGGUGUACCGGACUUGUCCAGUUCUCUGACAACAUCGGGAUGAUGCUGAGCUUCUGGGUGAACUACAGCGCUUCUAUCAACAUCCCGUACAGCGACUUGCAAUGGCGAAUGCCUUUAAUAGUCCAGCUUGUGCCCGGCAUCCUGUUCGUACUCCUCAUGCUUCCACAGCCUGAGUCACCCCGUUGGUUGGUUGAGAAGGAACGUUAUGACGAGGCAGCGGGGACCCUUGCAUACGUUAUUCGAACGUCAGUCGAUGAUAAAUCCGUCCUUCUUACGCUGGACGAGAUCAAAGCGGACUUUACCGGCAAGCAGAAAUUAUCUUUGCUUGCCCAAUUCCGCAUGAUGGGAGAGUCGCGUCAAAUUGUGCUUCGUUGUUUGAUCCCCUCCAUAACCACCUUCUUCCAGCGAUGGACUGGUGCAGAUGCUGCCAACUACUUUAGCCCACAGAUCUUUGCUGCGCUUGGUAUUACCGGUACAUCAGCUGGCCUAUUUGCAACGGGGAUCUACGGUGUCGUGAAAGUCGUCGCAGUUGGUCUUACCUUAGCAUUUGCUGUAGACAGCUGGGGACGCAAAAGGUGUCUCUUCGUGGGUGCUCUGGGGCAAGGAUUAUCGCUGCUUUGGAUCGCCGGUUUCGGCGCUGUCCACCCGCAGAGCAAUAUUGUUCCCGGGAGUUAUGUGUCUAUCGUCGCCAUCUACCUCUAUGGUGUAUUUUUCUGUCUCGGCUGGGGACCUUUACCAUGGAUCGUGGCAAGCGAAAUCGCUCCCAAUCAUCUCCGUGCGGCCACACUUACUAUCGCAAUCUCCGUGAACUGGCUAUUGUCGUUCACAAUAUCGCGCCUGACGCCGGUGAUGCUGGAGAAGAUCUCGUAUGGAACGUUCCUGCUCUUCGGCGUGUGCUGCAUGAUCAUGGCAGCAUGGGUGUAUUUCUUGCUGCCUGAGACGAUGGGGUAUGCAUUGGAGGAUAUCAAGUAUCUGUUUGAGAAGGAUGUGAUGGUGAGAUCAUUAGAGGAUUCGCCUGGAGGACGCGUAUUCCUUGGCAGGAGGCGAGCGACGCCUGUGGAGGAGAUGAGGCGAACGGCAAAUACGCGUGGUUUAAGUAACACUACGCGGAAAGGGGACGAGGAGAGUGAGAGUGUUGAAGUCACCGAUCUGCAGAUUUGAUUUCCACCAAUUGUUGCUAAUAGUACAUUCAUAUAUCAUAUGGAGACAAAGGUUGAU